GGGCUACUGCUGCUUCUGCUCCAUUCUGCAAAUUGGCAAUGAGACCUUCAUCAACGAGAAUCCCGAAAAGGUCCGCGCUUUCAUGCGUGCGGUUAAGAAAGCAACCGACUUUUGUUCUCGCUGAUCCGGAAGCCGCCUGGACUGACUACGUCACUUCAAGCCGGUCAUGGGCAGCGAGCUCAACCGAAGGAUAUUUGAGCGUGCGUUCGCCUACUUCAGCAAGAACUUGAGGAACGUGGCCCGUGAUUGGGAGCAGGUCACACGCUACGGCAAGCGCUUGGGAGUGCUCGCGGAAGGAUUCACACCGAACUAUACGAACCAGUUUCUCGAGUGGACUGGUGAGGGCGAGCAGGCCGAUCCGACCGGUGACCAGAAGCGAAUGGUUGAGCUGCAGAAGGUGGUUGCUGAAGAGGGCGGCUUCCGUCGCUUGGGUGUCAGGCGCACGGCUACUGCGGGCGCCUAAGGGUGUCAUACCUUGAUCCAGAACGGACGAAACAUUGAGGCGAACACGUCGACCACGGCUGCACCGAGGCAUAUUCAUUCCUUUACAUACAGCUUCGUAAGCCGAAGGCCAGUGAACGCAAAAAUCAUUUGCUUUUCU